AUGCAACCACAGUCACUUUACUCUCACAGUGUAAACCCUGUUCACUUGUUAGAGAUCCAAGUCCUAUCACAAGUGGUACAUCAAUUACAGAGCAAGAAUGAUAUCCGGGGAUCGAUACCUUAUUUAGCCAAGAUUGUUCAAAUCAUUGACAAUCAAAGACUAGAGAAGACAAACAACAGGGACCUCUACUUCCGUCAGCUGAACGAAUAUCGUAAGGUACAGUCAAGGGCUCAUUUUGACUUGGCAGAAGCUUAUUUCAAGAUCCAUGAUUUUAUACUGAGUGAAGCAUCGUUUUCUAUUGCGGUCAAAAACUGGGAAAAACUGAUGGAACAUGAGGAACAGGUUGAAGUCAAAGAACUUUUAAGCAAGUCUUAUGAUUAUUUAAAAACCUGCUACGAAGCCAUGGGAAAAGACCAAUUGGCGUAUUUUAUAGGUGUUAAAAAGAAUAAACUAAUGCAAGCAUAA